ACCAAGCUUUAGUCCCCACUGAGACACUGAAUCGUAAGGUACUAACGUUCGUCAUAUCUAAUACAAGACUAUCGCGUUAAAGUAAGUUUUUUUUUUCGGCUAUUUAAGACAGUUUCGAAAUGUGUUGAUCUAAUUAACUAUGUCUUAAGUUUUAUGGAUUGUCCAUUACGAUAACGCACCUGUGCAUUGCUGACAUAAGUUACUUUGGUAGCAUAGUUGACUAGAAACUUAAUUAGUGCGGAAUUUGUGUUAAAAUCAAGUAUUGAACAAUAGUUAAAAACAGAGUUAAAAAUUUCUAAUGAUGAUGCACGCGAUGAGUGAACAUGCUGGAGGUGUAGGUGGUCUUGGUGUCGGUGUUAUUCCUUUUGACGGAAUGGGUUUAUAUGAACAACCACGUCCGAAAUUUGUUUUUAAAAUGCCGAGAGUUGUACCUGAUCAAAAGGCCAAAUUUGAAAGCGAUGAAUUAUUUAGACGAUUGAGUCGUGAAUGUGAGAUAAGAUACACCGGAUUUAGAGAUAGACCUUUGGAAGAACGUCAAGGACGCUUUCAAAAUGGGUGUCGAGAGGGUCAUACCGAAAUUGCAUUUGCUGCGAUGGGAACAAACCUUCAACUGACCUUCGGCCCUUCUACAGGAAAUUACUCUAAUGAGCCUAGUACGUGCGAUUUCGAUAAGGAACAUGGCAAGGUUCAUUUGAAAUCACAUUUGAUAAUGAAUGGCGUAUGCGUCAAAUGGCGCGGUUGGAUCGAUCUUGAGCGUCUCGACGGAGUUGGUUGCCUGGAAUUUGAUGAAGAAGCUGCAGCUCGAGAGGAUGCUCAAUUGCGCAAUCAGUUGAACCGUUACAAUGAACGCCUACGUCAGUUCGAUGAGAAACAACGGGCCUACAGAAACGCGGCAGCACAACAACCGCACCAUAAUCAUCAUCUUGGUCAUCAUCACCAUCAUCAUCAUCUAGGCCAUCAUGUUUCGGGAACCAGUGGAGCCCCUACAGACAAAUUUUAUUAGACAUAAUUCAAUUUAUAUUAUUAGAAAUCAAUUUGAUUUUAUUAAGAAUUUUUUUUUUUCAUAUCUAAAUCAUUUAAAGAUCAAUCAUAAUUAAUUAAUAUUUUAAUUGAAAAAAAAAAGGUUUUUAAUUUAUAAACAAUGACAUAAAAAUCAUAGAUUUGAAGUAUAUACAGAAAAAAGGAUUCGUCAAAGUGUAAAAAAAAAUUUCGUAUUAAAAAUUUAAUAAAGGUAAGAAAUUUCGAGCCAGAAAAAUAAUAAAAUCUUUUCUCAGCCGAAAAGUUGCUGACAAAAGGCCCAGGAAGUGGACACAAGUUCAGAAAAUUUUCUGUAAUACAUUAAGCUGCUUGAGAUUUUUUUUAAGUUCUGUAAUUUUAUUUAAAAAAUGUUGGACCCGAAAAUAGGCUCAAUUUAUCAGCCCAUUUGUUUAGAAUAAUAAAAUUUCGGCGAGUUUUCGGAAAAAUUAAAACCCCUUUGAAUAUAAUUGAAUGAUUGUAACGUCAUUUGGGCCAAAUUUAACUUUUUCGGCCUAGUAUUUUUACCCGAAAAGUGUUAAAUUUUUAACACUUUUGUGUGUAAAUUCAAUACACUGUUAUCUUAUUUGACCAGUUUUAAUCAAUUGAUUUUUUAACACGUAAAAAUGUUAUUUUAUACGAAAGUAACACUUUUUAAAUGUUACUGUCAAAUCAACGCACAGUAUGUGUUAAAAAUACUCUCGGCAUCGCAAAAGAAUUCUUGGAAAAUUUUAAGUAAAAACGACACUUCUUAAAUGUAGAUUCAACAUAUUCGUGUUGAUUCAUUCAAAUAACUCAAAGAAUGUGUUGAAUUUACAACAGUCACAUGUUAAAAAUAUUGCCUCUGUUGUUUUUACGCGGAAAGUGCGACACAUUAUGUACUGUAAUGUUCGGCUGGCAUUUUUUUUUCUUUUUUUUUUCGUGUCGUUUGAUUAUUGAGUGACUUUAUAUUUAUGUCGUGCGAUAUAUCAAUUGAAAUAAUAAUACUAAUAAUUAUAUAUUAUUAGUCUUAUUAUUAUCACUAGGGACACGAUUUUUGCCUUACUUUUGAAAUGAAUAGUUUAACUUUUUGAUAUUACGGGGAAAAUAUCGGUCUUCGUAAAAAAGUUUUCGAACAAAAGUUGUAGGAAAUUUAAUUUUAUUGAAAAAAUGUUUCUUAUGAUUUUUUUAUUCGAUCAAUAUUUUUACCGUAAUUCCAAAAUUAAGAUUCAUAAUGAACCAUUCAAAAUUUGAUUAAUUAUGAAAAUCUUAAUUUUAAAAUUACGGCUUUCUUAUUAGUCCUAAGGAAAAAUUA